AUGAAAGAAAGUGAGAGCGAAGCUCUCCGAGCAGCUCUCAUUAAAACUUUCGACGGUGAGGAGCGGAAGCAGAUUUCGCUAAUGACUGUACUAGCCUACGAAGACCAUCGUGCCCUUUCACUGACCACGGCGCCUACAAUGGUCUGCGGCGCAGAAGCUGACCAGGGGUCUGUGACAACCCUGUGGCCUUAG